AAAAAUUGAUGUCAUAUUUUUGUGUUCGUUGCAGUUGUUCGAUCACAUGGUUGAAUUUUUCACAAUGAAUGGAAUGUUUAAAUUAAAUUUAUUUUCCGUUAAUGUACACUUUUACUCGUUUUGUUCGUUGGUAAAUUCAAAAGACAAGUAUAACAUAUCAGAUUACUCGAUUUCUUGAUUAAGUCUUCGAUCCAAGUUCCGCCUCGUUCACCAUACAAAAUGCCAAAGGGAAAACAGAAAAGGAGAAGUGACGCUAACAACGCUCGAAAUACGUUAGUUUUACCUAAAAUGGAUAUAAUUGGUAUAUCCGACGAAGACUCGGCUAACGACAACGCUAGUGUAAUUAGUUCAGUUUCUGGUAGCACAAUUUACGAAGAUACACAAAUCGGAGAUGAAAUAGAUCAAAAUCAAUUCGAAGAAUUUGAAGAUAAAUUAUCGGAAGCUAUCGAAGGCAUGGGUGUAAAAUCUGUCCAAACAAGAGUUCAAAACAUCGAAGCAGUUUCAGCCGCUCUAAUGAAAAGAUUUAUACCCGAAUUCGUUGGCUCAAGGAGAUUAACCAUCACAGAUGCCAUCGAACGAAGCCUAAAGAAGGGUCGUGGUGCAGAACAAGCAGCAGCCGCACAAUUGGCAGCUUUACUAUGUUUACAGCUAGGUUCGACGAAUAUGGUAGACGACAUUUGCCAAACGCUGAUCCCAACUUUAUUACUAAUCAUCGGAGAUGACAGUAUGUCUUGUAUCGUACGCGCUAAAUGCUGUUGGGCAUUGAGUAUAUUGACAUUUGUGGGUAAUUACGAAGACAUGGAGAACGUUGUAGAAGUACUAAGGCAGACGUAUCGUAUGUCGUUUAUCAAGCACUCGUCCCUCGGCACCGCCAGCCUAGCAAAUGAAGCCGCACUUUACACAGCUGCUCUUUCCGCCUGGUGCUUGUUACUAACUGUGAUGACAACCGCUCCCGAUAAUUUAUCUAUGGACAUGAAACAAAUUGUAACUUUAUUGGAUUCGAAUUGCGUCGAAAUACGUAUGGCUGCUGGAGAAAUCAUCGCAGUGAUCCUGGAACAGAUUAAAGAUUACGAUUGCGUAGAGGAAUGGGAACCUGACGAUGACGUUUUGAUGAAAUUAAAAGAACUGGCCACAGAUUCGCAUAAAUUCAGAGCUAAAAAGGAUCGUAAAACGCAGAGAUCCGUGUUUCGUGAUAUUAUCAGAUAUAUCGAGGAAGGAGAAUUUCCCAAAAUGCAAGUUAGAUUCGGUCAAGAAUGCUUAUCUUUGGACACGUGGUGUCGUAAAAAACAGUACGACUGUAUUCGUCAGGCUCUGGGUUCCGGAAUGAAUUUACAUCUGAAGGAGAACGAUUUGCUUCGUGAUAUUUUGAAUUUGGGUGAAAAAAUAAACACUAUGUCAUCUCCGAGUCACAAACAAACUAAAUUGGAACGUCAUUUGAUGAACGCAGCCGCAUUCAAGGCGAGAAGCAUCUGUCGAGGCAAACAUCGCGAUAAACGUACAAUUUCUAUAUCCUAAUUGGCAAAAAAAAAAAACUUAACUAAAAACUCAUCUCAGUAAUUAAAAUUCUCUUCUGAAACAUACACACAUACACAAUUUUGAACUUAUUUUCCUCCUCAUGUCUGGUAAAGUUACCUUACUUUCUUUACUUAUUUUUGUCUUAUCUUAAAUUUUUUUUUAAAGUAAGGACAAUUUUUCAGUCUUCGUUGUCUCUCUUUUUCUCCCUCUUCCUUGUAUUUCUUUUUUCUCGUGCCUUUUGGUAAAUUUUCUGUAUUUUAAACUAAACAACGAGAUUUUUAGAUUGAUUUUUCGAAGAAAAAAUAUAAUUUAUUUUAAACCAAACGUAGCUUUUUUCGAAUAAUGAGCGAGAAAAUUUUAGUACUAAUUUUUGAAAAAAAAAUUGGCUAGUCACAAGGGUUUAAUUAGCCAGUUGUAUUUUAUCAAUUGCGUCGAAGUGGCUUUAAAUAUCUUAUGAUUUCUUUUAUAUAAGAGUUCCAUUAUUUAUUUUAUUAUCGUUUAGAAGGGGAAAAAAUGGGUUGAAGGGAUUGUUUUUAGUUAAUAAAUUCAAAAAAAAAAUACGCGAGAUAUUUUACGAAAAUGAUAAAUGAACCCUAUCGAACUGAUGUAGUCGAAUUUAGUAUCGUUUUUUAUAUUCCUAUUUUUAUUUAAUUUAUUAUUAAUAAGUUGAUUUUUUUUUUAAAAAUUCAAACAUUUAAAAUGUGAUACGUUGCGAAGUUGAGUAGCCGAGGGAGUUGUAAUAUUAUUUAAAGAUUAGCUCGAGAUUCUGCCUUUUUAAAUUCUUGAUGGAUAAUUAAACAUAAUUGGGAAAUUUUUAUCGGUGAUAUUUUUUGUAAUAUUAGUUCUCGUUUUUUUUUUAAAUAAAUAAAAAAUCGUAACGUAUCAUUUUAAUUUAUUGUUAAGAGUUUUAUUAUCGUUACCUAUGGAUCACUGUUAUGUAUUAUUGUGAGUCGUGCGUUGUUUGUAGGUAGCCUUCAUUGUGUAUUAUAUAGAGCUUGUGUUGUUUAUUUAUUUAUUUAUUGUCAAAGAAUCGAUAUCUGUCGCAGUGCGAUUAACGGUAUGCGAAAUAAAUAGUGUUGAAUUAUAAA